AUGGCAGCGGAGCCGCCGCCGUCCAGCCUCGCCUACCGCACCACGGGCUCCACCUGCCUGCACCCGCUCAGCGAGCUCCUGGGCAUCCCGCUGGACCAGGUGAAUUUCGUGGCUUGCCAGCUAUUUGCUUUGUUUGCUGCUUUCUGGUUUCGCAUCUACUUAAGUCCUGGUAAAUCCAGUUCUGAUGUCCGGCAUGCAUUUGCCACCAUUUUUGGCAUCUACUUUGUCAUUUUUUGUUUUGGCUGGUACUCUGUGCAUCUUUUUGUGCUGGUGUUAGUGUGCUAUGGAAUCAUGGUCACUGCAAGUGUAUCCAAUAUUCACAGAUACUCCUUUUUUGUGGCAAUGGGAUACCUUACAAUAUGCCACAUCAGCCGAAUAUACAUCUUUCACUAUGGAAUUCUCACUACAGAUUUUUCUGGGCCUCUAAUGAUCGUCACUCAGAAGAUUACAACCCUGGCAUUCCAAGUACACGAUGGAUUAGGUCGAAGACCUGAAGACCUCUCUGCUGAGCAGCGUCGACUUGCUGUGAAAAUGAAACCCUCCUUUUUGGAAUACUUAAGCUACCUUCUCAAUUUCAUGAGUGUCAUAGCUGGCCCUUGUAACAAUUUCAAAGACUACAUAGCCUUCAUCGAGGGGAGACAUACACACAUGAAGUUGCUGGAAGUGAAUUGGAAGCAAAAAGGUUUCCACGGCUUGCCAGAACCUUCUCCCACUGGAGCUGUGAUACACAAAUUGUGCAUUACCUUGGUGUCUCUUCUUUUGUUUUUGACACUCACGAAGACCUUCCCUGUCACUUGCCUUGCUGAUGACUGGUUUGUCCAUAAAGCGAACUUUCUGACUCGACUGUGCUACUUGUAUGUUGUCAUGCAAGCCUCAAAGCCCAAGUAUUACUUUGCCUGGACAUUAGCUGAUGCAGUGCAUAAUGCAGCUGGCUUUGGGUUCAGCGGAGUGGAUAAGAAUGGAAAUUUCUGUUGGGAUCUACUUUCUAAUCUAAACAUCUGGAACAUUGAGACUGCCACAAGUUUCAAAAUGUACUUAGAAAACUGGAAUAUUCAGACAGCUACUUGGCUAAAGUGCGUGUGCUAUGAGCGGGUUCCACGGUACCCCACGGUGCUAACCUUCAUCCUGUCUGCUUUGUGGCACGGUGUCUACCCUGGGUACUAUUUUACCUUCUUAACUGGAGUCCUUGUCAGAUUUGCAGCUAGAGCGGUAAGGAACAACUACAGACAUUAUUUCCUUUCUUCAAAAGCUCUCAAAGCUAUUUAUGAUGUGGUCACCUGGGCUGCCACUCAGCUGGCUGUCACUUACACAGUCGCACCCUUUGUCUUGCUGGCUGUCGAACCAACUAUCAGUUUAUACAAGUCCAUGUACUUUUAUUUGCACAUCAUUAGUCUCCUGAUAAUACUAUUUCUGCCAAUCAAACCACAAACUCAUACGCAAAGGCGGCUUCAGACUCUGAACUCUGUUGAUAAGAAAAAAACAGAUUGAUACCUCCAAGAAAAAGCGAAUAAGUAAAAACUGCAAAACAUUGGAAAGAGGAGACAAAAAGGCUCGAGGGUUUUCCUGUGACUUAGAGGCAAUGUUUACAUGCAUUUUUUUUUUUUUUUUAAGUGCAGGGAGUAUUUUUCAAAGCCUUUUUGUACAGUUCAAUCAGCCAUGUCCGGUUUGUUUUUAUAUUUCAUAGGACAUUUGAGUGGAGUGGAGGUGUGUGGAGAGGAUGGCAGAGCUGCAGAGAUGGUCUUUGCUUUUCUGACAUGAUUUUCAGCAUUGAAGUCUGUAUGUUGGGAUCCCAGGCACUAGCUGCAAAAGGUAGAAGGUGCUUGCUGAGAAGACGUGUCAUAGAUUUCUUAAAUCAGAACAUAUUGAGUGAGACACAGGUGUUUCCUGGGGAGCCUUGUGCCCUUGACUUGUGACAUUACCAUUUGUGGACACAUUAGCUACACUCAGAAGACCAUGGAGCAGAAAGACUGUGGAGGGAGGUUUUCAGGGUACUGAAGACUCUACGAGCCAGGAGGAUUAGCCACCAACACUUGAGUGGACUGCACAUCAGGCCUGUCCUCACAUAGGCAGAAUUUUUUUCCAGGAAUGUAACCCUUCUCUUUUCUCUUAUGAACUGAGCCAAGAUUGGAAAUCAGAAAGUCUCCUUGUACACGGAUACCAGGAGCCUAGGAGGGGCUGCUGUUCUCUGAAUGUUUUCCAUUUCACAUGCACCAUCUGCUUGCCCAGGGAUGGCCCUGAGAAGACACCAUUGAAGGAAGCAGAAUGUCUUUUAAAGAAAUAAUUUUUUACAAAAGUAAUUUAAAGUUCUGUAGAAGUUUCAAAAGAAGCAGCAGAUGUUUCUCUCUUUUGUCCCCUCAUUUCAUGGAGGUGUUAAUGAUCCUUGCCAUGACGUAUACACGGGCUGAUUUUCACAUUUCCAGUUUCAUAGUUGAUUAAAUCCAGCUUUGUUUUAGUUGAAUCAUUAUAUUGGAAAGCAAAAAUUGAAAGACAGUUUUCUUUUCUAUCUUUGUUAUGAAUGUGCUGUGGCUCCUUUUGGAGACUUCUAUUGGGUAAUAUUCCAUAUGGGAGAGGGAAACAUGGUAUUAAAUGUGGAAAAUAAUAAUUAAUGAUAAUAAUAAAGUACAUGCUGCAAUGGUGUGCCCUCAAUCAGAUGGCUUGAGAGGAGAAAAUUUCUUCAAAUCAGCUGGUAAAAAAUUAAUUUCUUACUGAAUAAAUAGUAUGUUUCUAUAUAAAGAAAAUGUUUCUAA